UUUUUGAAGUUUUAUUAUCUGGGUUCUUUCCUCACUGUGAAAAUUGGGCUUCUUCACAAGGCACCAUGGUACAUCUGUCUAGUGGUUUGCUGAUCUGUUAUACUGAUUUCUUACUCUAGAAUGUGUUAGGUUAUUUGGAAGUUGCUACAUUGCUGUUGUGUUUAAGGUUAUUUGUGAAACCGCUAAGAUGGCAAGCUGUAGUUUCACCUCGCUGAAGUUUUAUCUGCUUGAAUUUACUAUACACCUUUUUCAUAUUUAACUAACUGGGCUUCUUUUGAUGGGUGAUUACCUUGUGGUCAUCGGAAUACAUCCUUGUCAUCUGGGUUUGACCUCUGUUGAAAGUUGAAGGCGAAAAUAAAUGAUGAAUGCUGUGGGUAUGACUCUUCCAUGAUGUUUUCUUAAAAUGGCUCUAUAGGCCUACUUAACUGCCUAUUGCUAGGACAUAUUUGAAGGAUAUAUUUGUGUUUAGAUUACAAUUCCAUAGUUCCAGCCAAGAGUGAAAAGGCAAGAGUCUGUUGGAUCGAAUGGUGCUCAAAAAAUGGCUUGGAGGUCUUCUUUUACUUCUAGUUGGAAUGAUCAGCAACACAGGAGGUGCAUUUAUAGGGAUAAACAUUGGAACAGAUGUUUCUAAUAUGCCACCAGCUUCAGAUGUGGUUGCAAUCCUUAAAACCAAUCAAAUUACUCAUGUGCGCCUCUAUGAUGCUGACGCUCACAUGUUAAAAGCCCUUGCAAACAGUGGAAUCGAAGUAAUGGUUGGUCUCACAAAUGAGGAAGUCCUAGGGAUUGGGGAAUCUCCAGCAGCAGCUGCAGCAUGGAUUAAUAAAAAUGUGGCAUCUUACUUACCUUCAACCAACAUUACAGCCAUUGCAGUUGGGAGUGAAGUUCUUACCUCAAUCCCAAAUGCUGCCCCUGUUCUUGUUCCUGCCAUGAAUUACCUUCAUAAAGCCCUAGUUGCUUCAAAUUUAAAUUUUCAGGUCAAAGUUUCAACUCCUCAAUCCAUGGACGUUAUCCCCAGACCUUUCCCCCCGUCAACUGCCACUUUUAAUUCAACAUGGAAUUCUACAAUGUACCAGCUCCUUCAAUUCUUGAAGAACACCAACUCAUAUUACAUGUUAAAUGCAUAUCCUUAUUAUGGAUACACUACUGGAAAUGGCAUCUUUCCAUUAGAUUAUGCUCUCUUCCAACCUCUUCCCUCGGUCAAGCAGAUUGUUGACCCCAACACACUUUCUCACUACAACAGCAUGUUUGAUGCUAUGGUGGAUGCAACCUAUUACGCCAUAGAUGCUUUCAAUAGUACUGGGAUCCCUAUUGUUGUUACAGAGACUGGCUGGCCUUGGCUUGGUGGAGCUAAUGAACCUGAUGCUACUGCUAACAAUGCUGAAACCUUCAAUAACAAUUUGAUCCGGCGUGUUCUAAAUGAUUCAGGCCCGCCUAGUCAGCCGACCAUACCCAUUAGCACAUACAUUUAUGAGUUGUUCAAUGAAGACAAGAGGCCAGGGCCUGUGUCAGAGAGAAACUGGGGUUUAUAUUUCACCAAUGGCACUGCAGUUUAUAGUCUUAGUUUGAGUGCUUCUGAUCGAAUUACUGGAAAUUCGUCUUCUGUGUUUUGUGUUGCUAAACAAAAUGCAGAUUCCGCAAAGUUGCAAGAAGGGCUGAACUGGGCUUGUGGGCAAGGUGGGGCUAACUGCACCGCUAUUCAAGAAGGGCGGCCAUGUUAUGCUCCUAACAACAUCCAGAAUCAUGCUUCUUAUGCAUAUAAUGAUUAUUAUCAAAAAAUGCAUAGCGCUGGUGGAACAUGCGACUUUGAUGGUAGUGCCACAACGACUACAGUUGAUCCUAGUUAUGGAUCCUGCAUCUUUACAGGAAGUUCAAACUCGAGCACAAGCGGGGGAAUUUUUCCGCCAGUGGCAUUCGGACCUAUAAGUCCGCAAGGAGGGAGUACAAGUUUGAGGUUCCAGGCUUCAAAAGUUCAAUCUCUACUAUCAGCAGCAUUUCUUGCUUUCAUAUUGAUUUGACCUCAAAGAUCCAUUCAAUUUUGCAUCUUAUUAGGUGGUUCAAACAAGUACAGAAGAUUAGUACUUGAACUAGAGAUGUCUAAGAUUUUAAUUAAUUACUGCCCCCAUUCAAGAAUAGGGAUUUGUUCAAAUGUUUUUGCCAUUUUAUCUGAAUCUUUUUUUAUUC